UAGGAGUUUUAGAAUCUCCUUCUUAACAACAUCUUUCAAGUUGGGGUUCAACCUUCUUUGAUGUUCUAUAGAAGUCAUAGAUUAAUCCUCUACAUGUUUCCUAUGCAUGCAUAAAGAAGGUGAUAACCCUUUAAUAUCAUCUAGUGAGUAGUCUAUUGCAUUUCUAUACUUUUUAAGUUCAUUCAAAAAUUUAGACAAUUUAUUUUCAUUCAGUUCACUACUCACUAUGACAAGGUACGUCUCAUUAGGGCCAGGAAAAGCAUACCUUACACCUUGAGGAAAAGGUUUAAGCUCCACUUUAGGCGCCUUGAGUUCACUCCAGUCCUCUUGAUGACUGUCUUCUUGUUGAGUAGCUGAGGCAGCAUGUUGAAUCUCAUGUGUAAGCUCCUCAUUUUGAUCCUCACUACCAAUCCCCUUGUGAGAAUCCAGCAUCUUCACAUAGGCAUCACUUUCCUUGUUCUCAAUCACUUGGACCUCUCUUUCAAUUGUUAAAGCAUGAUGUAGAGGGUCUUCAAGUGCCAACUCCUCUAGAAGCUCAUCAGCUAGAGCAUCCAUUUCAUCUAUGUAUAAAACAUGGUUCUAGAUGGUUGGCCUCUUCAUCACUUCAUUGAUGUCAAAUUGGAGGAUGUUCCAUUUUCCAAGAUGAAGAUCAAUUUUUCCUUCUCUAACAUUCACAAUAGCUCCUGCUGUGGUUAAGAAUGGUCUUCCAAGGAUCAAAGGGUCUCUGGCUUCCUCACCCAUCUUCAACACAACAUAAUCAGUAGGGAUCUCAAAGUUACCAACCAUUACGGGAAGGUCUUCUGGGAUACCAACAGGAAUCUUCACUGAUCUAUCAGCCAACACCAAAGAGAGUCUACACUUCUUGUAUUGAGUAAAUUCAAGCUUCUUUGCAAUAGACAAAGGCAUCAAGCUGACACUAGCUCCAAGAUCGCAUAAACACCGCUCAAACACCAUGGGUCCUAGAGCACAAGGUAAGGUGAAACAUCAUGGAUCCUCUAGCUUUCGUGGAACAUCUAACCUCUGGAUAAUGGUGUUGCACUCGUGUGAUAAGAUCAUCAUACCUUCCAUCUCUUUCUUCUUUGCAGCCACAACAUCUUUCAACAAUUUGAUGUACUGAGGGACCAACAUAAAAGCAUCAAUGAUGGGCAUUGUGACCUGAACUUCACUCAUUUGUUUCUCAAAGAGUGAACUUCACUCAGCAGAUCCGUGCCACGAUCGAGCUCGCCGGCGAGCCAACCGGCAACACGGUCGUGCUCGCCGGGUGAGCUGGCCCGUGUCACGGCCGAGCUCGCCGGCGAGGCGACCGGCAACACGGCCGUGCUCGCCGGGCGAGCUGCUCGUGUCGCGGCCGAGCUCGCCGGCGAGUCGACCGGCAACACGGCCGUGCUCGCCGGGCGAGCUGGAUCGUGUCGCGGCCGAGCUCGCCGGCGAGUCGACCGGCAACACGGUCAUGGUCGCCGGGGGAGCUGGCCCGCGUCACGGCCGAGCUCGCCGGCGACUCGACCGGCAAUACUGCCGUGCUCGCCGGGCGAUCCGUUUCGGCUGUUCGUUUUCUCGGCUUUUGAAGUUUUGACCGAGAUUCAGUUUUUCUGUGGACUUUCGGACAUCGAUUCCGUCGUGACCGAUUUUGACCCCAACAGUUAGCCCCCAGCUAGCUAGGAUCCGUGGACCUGGGUGUUAGGUCCUACCUUGCGGUAUGGUUUGUUCUAGGUGGAAUUUAGACGUAAUCGUUUGCCGAAAGAUCGAAGGUGAAUAGUAAAGAAAAAAUUCUAUAAGUAAGGGAAGUAAGUUUUUCAAAUUCUUUACUCACUUCUUCCCUUAAGAAAAGAUUCCUCCAAGAUAGAAAUUUUUUCUCCAAGAUCUCUCUUUGCUCAAAGAAAAUGUCUUCAAGAAAAGGAUCUUCAAAGAGGAAUUCUUCCUCACACUCAUCUUCGGGUGACUCUUCUGCCAAUGAGGUGAUCACCCCGAAAGAAGAGUUUGAAGUUGAGGAAGAAGCAAAGGAUGCGUACUACAAAGCUCUUUGCGGCUCGCCUCCGCCUUCGCAAGACAUUCCGAUUCCUAAGAGGCCCGUGAGGUCGCCAAACGCACCCCUUACGCCGAGCAUGGUCUCUCCCGACUACCUCAUGACUCUCAGGGACUUUUACCAGAUCCCAAGUGGAGUCGUAUUUCGGAUCCCGAGUGGCAACGAAAGUGCGAAGAACCCUCCGGAAGGUUUCUUUACUUGCUACGAGGCCUUCCUGGUGUAUUGCCGUAUGUGGUUUCCGAUCCCCGGUACCAUCGUCCGCGCGCUUCGCCACUUUGGGCUUUCGAUCAGCCAGCUAAGCGUUCCGGCCUUGCAGCAUUGGCUCGGCGUGUUGAUCUCGAGUUACGAGCUAGGAAUGGAUCUUAACCCUGGCGACUUCGAGGGAUUUUGGUUUACGAGAGGAACGGGGAUCGAUGGCUCAUACCGCAUGGCACCAAAGAAGGGUAUGGCUAUAAUUCAGGGGCACACUUCACAUCCUAAGGCAUGGUUCGAGCGCUUUUUCUUUGUCCGGAUAGAUGGGGAGUCUGUCGAGGAGAGAUACCUCCACUUAUUCCGUCGGGAGUGGAACUUCACCCGUGUGAACAGGAUCCUUCCGCCGACUCCUGCCGAUCUUUUUGCCAAGCGAGAUCUUCUCCGCAGCAGGCCGUUCUUCUGGAAUUCCUUCACCGUCGAACGGAUUCGGAGCGCGGUGGAGAUCCAUCGAUCUUGAGCCGUCUCUCAGCCUCUGGACGUUCCGGAUGACGUAGAACCGGUCAUUGAUGUCUUGCCUGCUCAGAGGCAGAGAAUCAUGUCUCGGAAAGGCAAGGGAGUUGCCUCCGAGAACGUCUUGGGAAACCUUCCGCUGCCAGAAUGGAACCCUAGUUUCUCCCCAGGGGAAAGGAGUGGAACCAGCGAGGUUCCCCUUCCCAGCGACUUUUUUGCCGACCUCCCUCCCAGUUUUACUACUCAUAAGUCGCUGGACAAAGAGUCGAGGAGGAAAGUAGUCGCCGAAGGCUCCAGCUUAAUCAACGAGGUUUAUCCUUUGAACUUUGAUCUAAAUUAUAUUUUAUAUUUUUUAUUUUUUGUUUCCCUUACCGAUCUAAAGUUCGCGCAGGGGAUGAGGGCGUUCAAUGCGGCGCUCGACGGAAGUAUCCGGGAGUCGCGUAUCUCUCACUUCAAAGCCGAGGAGGCUGAAAGAGAACUCUUUCGGUUUUGGAAGGAGGUCGAAGAACAGAGCCGGAGACAGGCUGAGCUCCAUUCUCGGGCCCAUGUCCGUGCGGAGAGGAGAGGAAAGAGAGCGAUUGUCGCCGAAAUGAAGCAGAGGGCUGCUUUGUUUGCCACCAAAUUCGAGAGCUUUAAGGAUGCUCAAGAAUUCAUGGGCGAUUUUCGCGAGUGCCGUGGCUCGGUUGCUACCCUCUACAAGUCUCAGAACGAGGACUUCUCUUUUCCUUCCGAGGUCGCUGAGAUGUCGGGUCUUAUGAACGGGUGUGCCCAUGCCGAAUCCUUGGUUCCUCCGAUCGAAGGGAGGGUCCGACAGCUUUGGGAUUCCAUCGAGGUCUUGGAGUACACGGCGGAAGCGGGAACCAGUGUUGGUGAUGAAGGUGCCGGAGUCGCGGACGGAGAGGUGGAUCAGCCCGCGAGCUCGUUCGGGAUCUCCAUGUCCGGGUUCCUCGACUUCGAGCUUUGAGGAUUGUUGGGAUUAUUUCCCUUAGUUUUAUUUCAAGGUUUGAUGUAUCUAGGCCGAGUGUGGCCGUAUUUGAUUUAUGUGUGUUAUGGCCUUGCGAGGCUAUGUGAACUAUGUGUUUGAGACCGGCCAUUUGGUGGCUUUUAUAUAUAUGAUGAAUGAUUGACAUUCUGUGCGUUUUAGUUUAUACUUCUGCCAAGUGUGAGGGAAAGAUACGAGUAGUCACUUCGUAUCUUAACUCUUAGUUUAUCGUCUUGUUUGUUUGCUCUUACUGAAUGAGGGCGUUCGGAAACGUUUAGGAGUUUCGCGAAGUUUCGUGAGUGUAUUAGAUAUAGACGAUGGGACAUGUUUUUAAGAUCUCGUAUCAUGUCUUGAGAUGUUAGUGGACCAGUAGGACUGGGUUUAGGAGAAGACUUAGGUUUACUUUCGGCUCUAAGGCUGUGCGACGACUGAUCGGCUCUCGUUUUGCCUGUGGGCGAUUUCCACCUGGUUCUUUCCAAUUUAAAGUCUGCAACUUGGCGCCGGCUUAUAUGACUUGUAUGGAACGAACCGAGCACUCUCCAGAGACCGUCUGGAGUGCUGACCAAAAUUUCGGAUUUCUUGUAUAGCGCGCUAUGGUAUCCUCGUCGGAUGUAAGAGAACCUUUACUUUUACGAAAGGUUAGACUACGAGUUCUUUUUUUAGAACGUUUUGGGUGUGUCCGUCGGGGCCAAUCGACAGGCAAUUUUUUUUUGUUUUUUUUUUUUCGAGUCGCGGACGGACCGUGUGUUUGGAUAAUAUCUUUCGAAAAUAUUUACGACGUCUCACUU